AUGGAGUACAACAUGGGCUGGCUCGUCCAGGCCGAGGCGCCGCCUGGCGCCCUCCUCCGCAAGUUCAAGCAGGUCGUCUCGGCGGGGCAGGCCAAACCAGAGGACGUGGCGUUUUACUUCACGCACUGGUUCACCGACCUCGCCGGUGCCGAGCCCCACCCACAGGACGGCCCCGCCAUUUCGCCGAUGGCCGACGGAGUGUACGGCAGGCCUCCGGGGCCUUCUGUGGACCUUUGA